AUGUGGUCAGCAUGUUGUCUUGCGCCUGUGUGUUUCUGUGUCUUGUUCCCGUGUGUGUGUGUGUCCUUGUUUGUCUGUGUCCUGGCCCUAACAGGAUGUUGACUGAGCCCUCUGACCGCUGUCUUGUGUCCCAGGUACUCGUUCCAGGAUGAGGAGGACAUGUUCAUGGUGGUGGAUCUGCUGCUGGGAGGGGACCUGCGCUACCACCUCCAACAGAACGUCCAUUUCAACGAGGACGCUGUCAAACUCUACCUGUGUGAGAUGACCCUGGCACUGGACUACCUGCAGAGCCAGCACAUCAUCCACAGGUAUGGACAACAUCCAUAGACACAGCAUCUACUGCACUGGGCUACAUUAUAGGCACAUCAUCCACAGUAUGGGCUACAAUAAUGACACCGUUCGCCAACACCCAGCAUGUGAUUGCUAACACACAGCGGCCACCGUCUCCUUUUAGCUGUUCGUCUUACCUCCCUGACAACGCCUAUCCUGGGUGCCACUUCUGGGACUCCUGGCCCUCUCUCUCCCAUUCCCUGCUCCAGAGACAGACAUCCCAUCACCUCCAUGUCCAGAGGGAGAUGAAUGGCCUGCGUUAGGGGGUGUAGUGAUACAUCAUCACCCUUUUCUCAUCUGUCUUGAGUGUCCUCGGGCAGAGCGGGGAGUCCUGCAUCACUCUUUUCACUGUCCCAGCUCUGACACUGGCUACAUGUUCACCUCACUGCAGAACUUGAGAACCACCGCUCUUGGUCUGAUGAUGUAGGCUUUCAAUAUGUGGGCUCAUUGGAGGAAAAGCCACAGCUUUUAAUUCACUAGUAUUUCACUGGGCAGUGGUUUAGUUGUUUGUGUGCUUUGCAAGGAUCUGAGUUCUCUCCAUCGCAUUCUGAAACUUAAAUGGACAUUCUCCUUUCAUUUUUGCUUCUUUGCAUAUCUAAACAAAGUUCUGGUAUCUACAGUGGCUUGCGAAAGUAUACAUCCCCCAUGGCAUUUUUCCUAUUUUGUUGCCUUACAACCUGGAAUUAAAAUGAAUUUUUUUGAUGUUUGUAUCAUUUGAUUUACAGAACAUGCCUACCACUUUGAAGAUGCACAUUUUUUUGUGUGUGAAACAAACAAGAAAUAAGACCCAAAAAAAACAGAAAACUUGAGCGUGCAUAACUAUUCACCACCCCAAAGUCAAUACUUUGUAGAGCCACCUUUUGCAGCUGCAAGUCUCUUGGGGUAUGUCUCUAUGAGCUUGGCACAUCUAGCCACUGGGAUUUUUGCCCAUUCUUCAAGGCAAAACUGCUCCAGCUCCUUCAAAUUGGAUGGGUUCCGCUGGUGUACAGCAAUCUUUAAGUCAUACCACAGAUUCUCAAUUGGAUUAAGGUUUGGGCUUUGACUAGGCCAUUCCAAGACAUUUAAAUGUUUCCCCUUAAACCACUCGAGUGUUGCUUUAGCAAUAUGCUUAGGGUCAUUGUCCUGCUGGAAGGUGAACCUCCGUCCCAGUCUCAAAUCUCUGGAAGACUGAAACAGGUUUCCCUCAAGAAUUUCCCUGUAUCUAGCUCCAUCCAUCAUUCCUUCAAUUCUGACCAGUUUCCCAGUCCCUGCCGAUGAAAAACAUCCCCACAGCAAGAUGCUGCCACCACCAUGCUUCACAGUGGGGAUGGUGUUCUCUGGGUGAUGAGAGGUGUUGGGUCUGCGCCAGACAUAGUGUUUUCCUUAAUGGCCAAAAAGCUCAAUUUUAGUCUAAUCUGACCAAAGUACCUUCUUCCAUAUGUUUGGGGAGUCUCCCACAUGCCUUUUUCUGGCCACUCUUCCAUAAAGCCUAGCUCUGUGGAGUGUAAGGCUUAAAGUGGUCCUAUGGACAGAUACUCCAAUCUCCACUGUGGAGCUUUGCAGCUCCUUCAGGGUUAUCUUUGCCCUCCUUGCCUGGUCUGUGAGUUUUGGUGGGCAGCCCUCUCUUGGCAGGUUUGUUGUGGUGCCAUAUCUUUCCAUUUUUUAAUAAUGGAUCUCCGUGGGAUGUUCAAAGUUUCAGAUUUUUUUUUUAUAACCCAACCCUAAUCUGUACUUCUCCACAACUUUGGCCCUGACCUGUUUGGAGAGCUCCUUGGUCUUCAUGGUGCCACUUGCUUGGUGGUGUUGCAGACUCUGGGGCCUUUCAGAACAGGUGUAUAUUACAUUUUCAUCAUCUUAUCCAGAGCGACUUACAGUUAGUGCAUACAUAUAUAUUUUUUUUUUCAUACUAGCCCCCUGUGGGAAUCGAACCCACAACCCAGGCGUUGCAAACGCCAUGCUCUACCAACUGAGCUACAUCCCUGCCGGCCAUUCCCUCCCCUACCCUGGGCCAAUUGUGCGCCACCCCAUGGGUCUCCCGGUCAGCUACAACAGAGCCUGGAUUCGAACCAGGAUCUCUAGUGGCACAGCUAGCACUGCGAUGCAGUGCCUUAGACCACUGCGCCACUCGGGUCUAUAUACUGAGAUCAUGUGACAGAUCAUGUGACACUUAGAUUGCACACAGGUGGACUUUAUUUAACUAAUUAUGUGACUUCUGAAGGUAAUUGGUUGCACCAGAUCUUAUUUAGGGACUUCAUAGCAAAGAGGGUGAAUACAUAUGCAUGCACCACUUUUCCGUUAUUUAUUCUUUAGAAUUUUUUGAAACAUUUUUUUUUUUUCAUUUCACUUCACCAAUUUUGACUAUUUUGUGUAUGUCCAUUACAUGAAAUCCAAAUAAAAAUCCAUUUAAAUUACGGGUUGUAAUGCAACAAAAUAGGCAAAACGCCAAAGGGGAUGAAUACUUUUGCAAGGCACUGUAUGUUGCUGUAACCAUCAAUGUUCUUCAAUGUGGGAUGACUUGCAGUCGUGAGCUUUUAUUGAAAUUGCUGAGUGCAGUGCAAAGUGUCAGUGCUGUAAAUGAAAUUGUUUAGGUCCCUGUAGACCAUGAACUCCACUCACUGAUGGUCUCAAAAUGUUUUAACCUUUAUUCCAAAGCUUGUUUUAGCAAAUUGCUCCUCGAAAGUGCAAAGAACUGUGUGGGUGCGUGCAUACUGGUGAGUAGGUGAGUGCGUGUGUGCGUGUGUGCCAUUGAGCGCACACAUACACACAAUUAUGUAGUUCCAACUAGAUAAUCACACACUUGUCCUUUCUUAACUCAGCAGUUAAUUUAAAAAAAAUUCACCUUGUGAUCUUGAUAAAUGUGCUUCACGAUAGUGUUGGGCGGUAUCCAGAUUUUCAUACCGUCAUACCGUUUCUGUACCAUACCAGGGUAUACGGUAUUACCGGAAGUGCACACAAGGGGUGCUAUUUAAAAAUCUAUUUAUUUAUAUUUUUUACGCACAAAACAAUUAGGGCAAAAGGGGUCUUGAACCAGGAGGGGAUUGAAUGUCUCUGCUGUAACCAAGAAGCUUGAUCUUGACAUCUAGCCACUUAGCUAGCAAGUUAGCAAACCAAAUGCGUAUUUAUUUGACACAUCUUAGAUUUCUUAUAGUUAUACUUAACUUAUAGUUAGUUAUAAGCAGUGGCAGGGCACGCACCCCCACAGUCCCCGUGAGGCAGGGGUGCCCCCAACCCCCACAGAAAUAUAUCAAUAUCAAUAUUUCAAAAUACCGUGAUAUACGGUAUAUCGCCCAAGCCUGCUUGAUUAUCCAAAUACCAAUGAAGUCAGUUGAAAAAAUAUUUUACCAAGUCGCUCUGUUUUUAUCUCAUCCUGGCAUCAACUGUUUUGACUGACACAAUUGUGUCUGCUGGAGGAGGCCAAGUACAAUCCCUGGCUAUCUGUGGCCAUCUCCUGCUCUACAAUUUGGUUUCACGCUGUGGGUUUGUGACAGGAAAAUACUAUUAUUUUGUUGCACCAACUGGGGGAAGAAGUGUCUCCUAGCAACAGUCUGCUGCUGCCAUGAUGCCCGAGGAAUGUAAAAUUAGUCUAAGCGAAGAAGUCUCCAAAGAACGCCAGAACUAUCCCCCUGUUUUCUUCUUCUGCACUGGAGACAAACUAAAACAGUGAAAAAAUGUUAACUUCCCUCUUCUAAAGUGGAGUGCUUUGAGGUGGAAUUCCACCUCACACUUGUAAGUCGUCUGCUGCUGGAGUUUCCAUGCUUAGAAAACACAUUUGACUGCAUUGCUAGUCACGUAAAAUACAAAUUGUGUUCAAUGUGCAAUGCUCUGUAUGGUUUUACACAUCAAAUAACCACGGUGGUGGUAUGGUGAGGUGGCAGAGCUUUCAUAUUGGAAUUUCUCGCAUAUCUAUCGGGCAUGAGUAGAAUACAUUUCCAUUAAACCUCUUGAGAAAUACAUCAGUUAGCAAUAGAGAUGUACUGUCUGGUAUAGUAUAGCCUCAGCGUUAACAGGAAUGUUACUUUAGUGAAGUGUAUGAGCUGGUUUUGCAUCAAAUAACCACUGUGGCAGUAUAGAGGCUUUCAUAUUGGAGUUCCUCCCAUACAUUUCCAUUGAAAUCUCUUGAGAAAUACAUCAGUUAGCAAUAGAGACUUACCUCUUGGUAUAGCAUAGCCUUAGUUCACAUGCGUUUUAUAUUAGUGUAGUGUAUGAGACAAAGACUCUGUGGACUAAAUGGCUUGGGCUUGUGAUUACAUUUCCAUUAAACCUCUUGAGUUAUACACCAGUUAAAAAAAGACUUGAUAUAUCCUGAUAUGGUCUUGAUAUAUCCUGAUAUUAUGUUAGUGUAGUGUAUGAGACUCUAUGUGGACUAAAUGUAUUAGUCACACUUGCGUGACAGGCAGCAUCAUUUAAAAAGUGGUGUGGGCUUUGUUAAUUGGCUGUGGGCUGUGCUGGUGGGUCUCCACUGCAUGGGUGCCCCAUGUAAUAAGCAUGUGUGGAGAAAACCUGCGAGUGCCUCCAAGGGAUUGGAUUGGAAAUCGCCAUGUUCCCAAUGUUCCCGUUCAUCCAUGUCCAAUCUAGUGGUGUAGGGAUCGAUACAUUGGAACACAUACACACAUGGGCACACAUUCACAUACAUAAUACAUACCCACAUGAUGUAAGCAUAGAAUAACAUACGCCAAGACACACACACAAACACACACACACCUACAAUCCUCAACAGGCAGAUACACAUGUAACACAUACAGCUACCCAUUCUGUUCCACACACGUGCAAGCACAUGCACGUGCACAAUUAGAAACACACAUUCUGUGACACACGUUUUAUAUUGACUAUAAAUAGUUCCAUGUUCUUAGACACUGAUUUAUCUGUGUUUCUCUCCCUCUUUUUCUCACAGGGAUAUCAAACCAGACAACAUCUUGUUGGAUGAGCAAGGUGAGCAUGCCUCUUCUUAGAGAUGACUUUAUCCUGUACUCAUGAGAUGUCCGCGACAUGUCACAGACAGACCUGUGUACAUGUUUUACCUUUAUGUCACAUACUACAGUGCAUUUAGAAAGUAUUCACACCCCAUGACUUUUUCCACAUUUUGUUGUUGUGCCUGAAUUUAAACUUAAAUUGAGAUUUUGUGUCAGUGGCCUACACACAAUACCCCAUAAUGUCAAUGUGUAAUUGUGUUUUUAGACAUUUUGACAAAUUAAUAAAAAAUGAAAAGCUGAAAUGUUUUGAGUCAAUAAGUAUUCAACCCCUUUGUUAUGGCAAGCCUAAAUAAGUUCAUGAGUAAAAAUGUGCUUAACAAGACACAUAAUAAGUUGCAUUUACUCACUCUGUGUGCAAUAAUAGUGUUUAACAUCAUUUUUGAAUGACUUCCUCAUCUCUGUACCCCACACAUAUUAUCUGUAGGGUCCCUCAGUCGAGCAGUGAAUUUCAAACACAGAUUCAACCAUUUCGUGGUUCUCUGUAGCUCAGCUGGUAGAGCACGGCGCUUGUAACGGCAGGGUAGUGGGUUCGAUCACCGGGACCACCCAUACACAAAAAUGUAUGCACGCAUGACUGUAAGUCGCUUUGGAUAAAAGCGUCUGCUAAACAGUAUAUUAUUAUUAUAAAGAGCAGGGAGGUUUUCCAAUGCCUCGCAAAGAAGGGCACCUAUUGGUAGAUGGUUUAAAAUAAAAAAAAGCAGACAUUGAAUAUCCCUUUGAGCAUGGUGAAGUUAUUAAUUACACUUUGGAUGGUGUAUCAAUACACCCAGUCACUACAAAGAUACAGGUGUCCUUCCUAACUCAGUUGCUGGAGAGGAAGCAAAUCGCUCAGGGAUUUUAAAACAGCUACAGAGUUCAAUGGCUGUGAUGGAAGAAAACUGAGGAUCCUCAGAGAAAAACCUCCUUCAGUCUGCUUUACACCAGAGACUGGGAGAGGAAUUCACCUUAUAGCAGGAAAAUAACCUACAACACAAGGCCAAAUCUACACUGGAGUUGUUUACCAAGAAGACAGUGAAUGUUCCUAAGUGGCCAAGUUACAAUUUUGACUUAAAUCUGCUUGAAAAUCUAUGGCAAAACUUGAAAAUUGCUGUCUAGCCAUGAUCUCCAACAUCUUGACAGAGCUUGAAGAAUUUUGAAAAGAAUAAUAGGCAAGUAUUGCACAAUCCAGAUGUGCAAAUCUCUUAUAGACUUACCCAAGACGAUUCACAGCUGUAAUCUAUGCCAAAUGUGUUUCUAACAUAUAUUGACUCAGGGGGUUGAGUACUUAUGCAACAACUGGGCGGCAGGUAGCUUAGUGGGUAAGAGCGUUGUGCCAGUAACCGAAAGGUUGCUGGUUCUAAUCCCCGAGCCGACUAGGUGAAAAAUCUGUUGAUGUGCCCUUAAGCAAGGCACUUAACCCUAAUUGCUCAUGUAAAUCGCUCUGGAUAAGAGCGUCUGCUAAAAUGAAAUGUAAUAUUUUAGUUAUUACAUUUUUCUUCUUCCACUUUGACAUUACAGAGUAUUUUGUGUAGAUUGUUGACAAAAAAUGACAAUUAAAUACAUUUUAAUCCCACUUUGUAACACAAUACAAUGUGAAGAAAUACAAGGGGACUGAAUACUUUUGCAAGGCACUGUAUAUGUUUUAUUGUCACAUACACUGGAUAGGUGCAGUGAAAUGUGUUGUUUUACAGGGUCAGCCAUAGUAUUAUGGCACCCCUGGAGCAAAUGAGUGUUAAGUGCCUUGCUCAAGGGCACAUCAACAGAUUUGUCACCUUUGUAGGGGCGGAGGUAGGAUUCAUAACCUCGUCGCUAGCGGUUAUAUUUGGUCUGGAGUUGACAGUACUACCACUAGACCAGACUCUGGCACACAGGUCUUGUUGACACACUGAAUCAUGUUUUCACUAAGCUAUUUGUGUUUUAUUUUUCGUUAUCAGUUAGUUAGUCAGAGUUAGAUCCUGUAGCUUGAAGUUUAUUUUGGCUAGUUCUGUUGGAGAAAUAAACAUGUUUUGGGGAUUUUAUGGAUGUUGUGUUAUACAUAUAUAUAUGUAUAAAAAAAUGUAUACACUCACUAACUGUAAGUUGCUCUGGAUAAGAGCGUCUGCUAAAUGACUAAAAUGUAAGUAUAUAUAUAUAUACAUAUUAAGUAGUUUGGUUCUGAUGCUGCAUUCAUAACAAGUGGGAAACUUGGAAAAUACUACUAAUAACAAAUUAUAGUGUUUAAAAACCAUAUUAAUAGAUUGUUUUUUAUAAAUCAUGUUUUGUUGUUCCAUUUAACUGCCAAAAAUGCUGUUGGCAGGUAAUUUCCUUAGUAUGUGAUGUGAGAGUUUAGCAUAUGGGAGAAGUUGGAGCUCAGAGUUGGUAGACGAGUUUCCCACUAACCAAUAAAACGAGAUGUUAUGAACGCAGCAUAAGCACGAUAUCUUCACAGGCCACGCCCACCUGACAGACUUCAACAUCGCUACAAUAAUCAAGGAUGGAGAGAGGGCCACUGCCUUAGCUGGAACCAAGCCCUACAUGGGUAAGACUCUCACCUGUAAUUCCUUCAGCCCUUGGAAACCCUUAUCACUAGCCUGGUCCCAGAUCUGUUUGUGCUGUCUUGCCAACUCCUAUAGUCAUUAUCACAACUAUGACAAGACAGAUCUGGGACCCGGAAACCUUAUCACUAACAUACUGUGUAAAUAUCCAUCAGUGUGCUAUGGUCUUGUCUGGGUGUAGCCUAGAUGUCUGACCCUGUCUGUGUUGUAACCCCUCCAGCCCCAGAGAUCUUCCAGUCCUUUGUGAGUGGGGGGACGGGUUAUGCCUUUGAGGUGGACUGGUGGUCACUAGGUGUGACGGUCUUUGAGGUGCUGCGUGGAUGGGUAAGGAAAGGCAUUAUGGGAAGUGGAGCUGUUCUUGAGUUAUGGCAACUGACGCUUACUGUAUGUGGUUGAUAGUCAUCUCUUUCCAUCUCUCUCACUGUCUGUCUAUGCUUUCCUCACCCUCUCUCUCCCUCCCUCCUCUCUUUCUCUCUUUGUCUCUCGCUCUCUUUCUCUUUCCCUACCUCUCUCUCAUACCCCCUUUCUCUCUCUUUCUUCCCUUCCUCUCUCUCUCUCCCUCUUCCCUCUCCCUCGCACCCUCUCUCCCUUUCUCCCUCUGUCAGAGGCCCUAUGAGAUCCAUGCCAGUAACUCAGUGGAGUCUUUAAUGCAGCUCUUCAGUACAGUCAGUGUGCAGUACAACACCGCCUGGCCCAAGGACCUGGUCCAUCUCAUGAGGAAGGUGAGUGGAAAGGGGAGGGGAGGAGGAAGAGCGGAGAGCAGAGGAAAUGAGAGUGGAGAGGUCCAGUGUCUGCUCCAGUCAGAGCCAAAGUGGAGGCUCCAGAGCGAUGGCAUCGGUCUCUUCCGCUCGGGUGCUGAUCGAUUACCAUGUCUGAACUCCACCGAGACAGACUUAACCAGCCCUCUGGGAGAAAUGACUUGCCGUCAGAAUUUUGGGAGUAGGAGAGUUGGGAGAGAGACUGUUGCCAUGACAACAGACCACAUCCCAAAAUCAUUUUUCCUAGGUGUAUGUUAAGCUGUAACAGGGACAAUUCAAACAGCUAUUUUCCUCCAUUGUAGAUACAACACUAUUGAUACAAGUCACAUGUAUUUAUUUUCUCCCCUGACAAUGAUCUCAAUCCUUCUCUGAUUCCAUCUAUGCUAAUCAGGGAAGCGUCUUUAUUUUGGAUUUAUAAGGCACCUGAUCCUUGUACUGCACGACUGUGGCUGACUUAAGAGUGCCCCCUAAUGGUGAUACCACCUAGGUUAUUGGAUCAGAUUUUAGCAUUCAACUUGUUUUGUCUAAAGCCAUAAGGUUUUUUCAAUUCAAUACGACUUUAUAAAUCCCUGAGGGGAAUUUAGGAAGGAAUGAAGUGUAUCUCUCUAUAGAGGUGAUAUUAUUUGAGUCUUUAAGGGGACUAAAUGAGGUAUAAUCUGUGCGUGUGUGUGUGUAUGUGCGUGUGUGUGUGUGUGUGUGUGUGUGUGUGUGUGUGUGUGUGCGUGCAUUUGCGCAUGUGUGUGUGUGCGCGAGUGUGUCUCCCAGCUGCUGACGGUGAACCCAGAGCAUCGUUUCUCCAGCCUGUCUCACAUGCAGACGGCUCCCUACCUCUCUAACAUCAACUGGGAUGCUGUUUACGAGAAGAAGAUAGAUGCUGGGUUCGUUCCUAACGUAAGUAUAGACCAUAAAUCUAUCACAUAGGAGCAUAGAGUUUUCACCUUUUAUGGACCAUAAACACUGAUUCACACUUCACACAUAAUACAGUAUAUUCACUACUUGACCAAAAGUAUGUGGACACCUGCUUGUCGAACAUCUCAUUACAAAAACAUGGCCAUUAAUAUGGAGUUGCCCCCCCCCCCUUUGCUGCUAUAACAGCCUCCACUCUUCUGAGAAGCCUUUCCACUAGAUGUUGGAACAUUGCUGUGGUCCUCUGUAGCUCAGCUGGUAGAGCACAGCGCUUGUAAUGCCAAGGUAGUGGGUUCGAUCCCCGGGACGACCCAUACACAAAAAUGUAUGCACGCAUGACUGUAAGUCGCUUUGGAUAAAAGCGUCUGCUAAAUGGCAAAUUAUUAUUAUUAUUUACUUGCUUCCAUUCAGCCACAAGAGCAUUAGUGAGGUCAGGCACUGAUGUUGGCCAAUUAGGCCUGGCUCGCAGUCGGCGUUCCAAUUCAUCCCAAAGGUGUUCGAUGGGGUUGAGGUCAGGGCUCUGUGCAGGCCAGUCAAGUUCUUCCACACUGAUCUCGUCAAACCAUUUCUGUAUGGACCUCGCUUUGUGCACAAGGGCAUUGUCAUGCUGAAACAGGAAAGAGCCUUCCCCAAACUGUUGCCACAAAUUUGGAAGCACAGAAUCGUCUAGAAUUUCAUUGUAUAUUGUAGCGUUAAGAUUUGGCGGCGAGCUUUACACCACUCCAGCCGGCGUUUGGCAUUGUGCAUGGUGAUCUUAGGCUUGUGUGCGGCUGCUCGGCCAUGGAAGCUCAUUUCAAGGAUGCACCUGAGCUCAAUUUCGAGUCUCAUAGCAAAGGGUCUGAAUUUAUAAAAACCUGUUUUCGCUUUGUCAUUAUGGGGUAUUGUGUGUAGAUUGAUGAGGAAUAAGGCUGUAACGUAACAAAAUGUGGAAAAAGGGAAGGGGUCUGAAUACUUUCCAAAUGUACUGUAUUUGUCAUGUUGUACGCAGUACAAUGAAAUGCUUACUUGCAGGUACACCUGUGUGUGUGUGUGUGUGCUUGCGUUCGUCCGUGCGCGCGCGUGUGUGUGUGUGCCUGUAUUAGUGUAUAUAGUCAUUCAUUAGUGUACUGUGUGUCUUGGUUCCACAGAAGGGCCGUCUGCAUUGCGACCCCACCUUUGAGCUGGAGGAGAUGAUACUAGAAUCUCGUCCCCUCCACAAGAAGAAGAAGAGACUGGCCAAGAACAGGUCACGGGAAGCCAGCAAGGAUUCCCAGUCUGUGAGUGUCACAUCACCCAGUCUACUGACUGUGCCUGGGUCAUGUUCAUUAGGCACCAAACGGAAGAAAACGGACUGAAACUUGGAGGGACUACCUGAACUUGUCCAAUUUGAAACGUUUAUGUUUGUUUUCCGUUGCAAAAUGUUUUGUUAUGGCGUGCCCUAAUGAAUACAACCCUUGUAAAUAGUCCUUUAACCUGAGGUAUUGGACAGUUUGGCAGAUCUUGGUUUACACAGAGCGCAGGGUGCCUUCUGUAGCCUUCUGUUCCCCAGUUGUUAUUUUUGUCCCUUCAUUUCAUGAAUAUCAUCAAUCUCUUUGUCUUGAAAACCGGUUAUUUGCUUGCAUGAUUACAGUAUUUUAAGAAACCCACUUUAUUAUCUGUGAUUGCGGCCGUAAUUUACCAUGGAUUUUAGACAAUCCAUAUUUAUGAGCUGUGCCAGGUUUUCAUCCGCCAAACCCCUCAUUACGAGCUCCACAUUAUUAAUGUUGACCUUCAGUGUUAUCAAAAAGUGAUCUCUGGGUGCUGUAAAAGCAGUAAAGCUUGUAUCUUCUAACAAUAGCCCCCAUCUUACUCCGGGCCUGACACGUCUUCUAGUGUGUGAGGGGGCUGGGUUAUUACCUAGAUUAUUAAAUUAUGAAGCCUUCAGUGGUGUUGUGAUGCCCACAAGUGCUUUUGGAAAUAUGAGCUUCUAUUUUUGUCCUGUGCCAAAAGCCUAAUUUGAGGGAAAGAACACAAACAAAUCACCAGGCGUGAUUUAAAGGAGGGAAGAAGGAAAAAGGGGGUGUUUGUAAUCUUUCAGGUCUCGCUGGUGAUUGAUUGAGGUGAGAUUGAUCUCCUCGUUCGUCGGUGUCACCCUGUGUGUGUGAUGAUAAUGGCUGUUCUCUUUCCUUACUGCCCUCAGGAAAAUGACUACCUACAGGAGUGCCUUGAAGUCGUGCAGUCUGAGUUCAUGAUCUUCAACCGCGAGAAGUAAGACCACAAACCAAACACUUCACCUGGGAGACAAAUCUAAAUACAUUCAUGUUAAACCAUUUAGGAAAAUUGUAUUUAAAGUGGUAUGCAUAAGGCUGACAUAACACCUACAUAAGGACUAGGACACCUGACAUACACAUGAAUAGAUAUUAAUGAGUGUCCCACAUUGUUAGCUCUGUAAUAUACUAAGAUAAUAUAAAUGCGGACCCAAUCACUGAACCUGGGAGACCAAUAAAAAACACAUUGUUACAUCAAUCUUAGCUCUAUUUAUACUACGUAAUUCCUGUGUAGCUCAGUUGGUAGAGCAUGGUGUUUGCAAUGCCAUGGUUGUAGGUUCGAUUCCCACGGGGGGCCAGUAUGAAAAAAAAUGUGUAUGCACUCACUAACUGUAAGUCGCUCUGGAUAAGAGCGUCUGCUAAAAUGUAAAUGUAAUGUCAUUGUUUAAUACUCAUUCCUGAUUGGCUUGAAGGGCAUUCUAGAGAGUGCAUUAUUUCCCUAUAGCCCACAGUAUAUGAGCACGGUAGAAUUCAAUGGCUAUACUUCAUUCUUCUAUGUUUGAGCUGCUUUUGAAAUCAAAAGUCGAAUUGAAAACAUUAUUGGCAUUGUUGAAUUCAAUUUUCAUAAUAGCAAGCUAGAACUGAUGUUUUGGUAAGCUAAACUAGCAAAUCUGUUUGUUUGGUUACCAAGGUAACUACUGUAGCUAUCUACAGUGCAUUCAGAAAGUAUUCAGACCCCUUGACUUUUUCCACAUUUUGUUACGAUACAGCCUUAUUGUAAAAUUGAUUACAUAAUUUUUUUCCCUCAUCAAUCUAGACACAAUACCCCAUAAUGACAUUUUUGCAAAUAAAAAAACAACUGAAAUAUGGAUUCAGACCAUUUACUCAGUACUUUAUUGAAGCCCCUUUGGCAGCGAUUACAGCAUUGAGUCUUCUUGGGUAUGACGCUAGAAGCUUAGCACACCUGUAUUUGGGGAGUUUCUCCUAUUCUUCUCUGCAGAUCCUCUCAAGCUCUGUCAGGUUGGAUGGGGAGCGUUGCAGCAAAGCUAUUUUAAGGUCUCUCCAGAGAUGUUCGAUCAGGUUCAAGUCCGGGCUCUCAGAGACUUGUCCCGAAGCCACUCCUGCGUUGUCUUGGCUGUGUGCUUAAGGUCAUUGUCCUGUUGGAAGGUGAACCUUCGCCCCAGUCUGAGGUCCUGAGCACUCUGGAGCAGGUUUUCAUCAAGGAUCUCUCUGUACUUUGCUCUGUUCAUCCUUCCCUCAAUCCUGACUAGUCUCCCAGUCCCUGCUGCUGAAAAACAUCCCCACAGCAUGAUGCUGCCACCACAAUGCUUCACCAUAGGGAUGGUGCCAGGAUUCCUCCAGACGGGACACUUGGUGGAACAAGCUCCCUCACGACGCCAGGACAGCGACGCCAGGACAGCGGAGUCACUCAACUCCUUCCGGAGACAUUUGAAACCCCACCUCUUUAAGGAAUAGGAUAAAGUAAUCCUUCUACCCCCCCCCCCCCCCCCCCAAAAAAAAAGGCCAAAAGAGUUCAAUCUUGGUUUCAUCAGACCAGAUAAUCUUGUUUCUCAUGGUCUGAGAGUCUUUAGGUGCCUUUUGGAAAACUCCAAGGGGGCUGUCAUGUGCCUUUUACUGAGGAGUGGCUUCUGUCUGGCCACUCUACCAUAAAGGCCUGAUUGGUGGAGUGCUGCAGAGAUGGGUGUCCUUCUGGAAGGUUCUCCCAUCUUCAUAGAGGAACUCUGGAGCUCUGUCAGAGUGACCUCCCUAACCAAGGCCCUUCUCCCUCGAUUGCUCAGUUUGGCCGGGCGGCCAACUCUAGGAAGAGUCUUGGUGGUUCCAAACUUCUUCCAUUUAAGAAUGAUGGAGGCCACUGAGUUCUUGGGGACCUUCAAUGGUGCAAAAACGUUUUGGUACCCUUCCCCAGGUCUGUGCCUCGACACAAUCCUGUCUCGGAGCUCUCCGGACAAUUCCUUCGACCUCAUGGCUUGGUUUUUGCUCUGAUAUGCACUGUCAACUGUGGGACCUUAUAUAGACAGGUGUGUGCCUUUCCAAAUCAUGUCCAAUCAAUUGAAUUUACCACAGGUGGACUCCAAUCAAUUUGUAGAAACAUCUCAAGGUAGAUCAAUUGAAACAGGAUGUACCUGAGCUCAAUUUCGAGUCACAUAGCAAAGGGUCUGAAUACUUAUGUAAAUAAGGUCUUUCUGUUCUUAAGUUUUUAUAAAUGUGCAGAUUUCACUUUGUCAUUAUGGGGUAUUGUGUGUAGAUUGAUGAGGAUUUGUAUUUAUUUAAUCCCUUUUAGAAUAAGGCUUUAACGUAACAAAAUGUGGAAAAAGUCAAGGGAUCUGAAUACUUUCCGAAUGCACUGUAUAUAGUAACUUGCUAGCUACUUCAGUGGAUGUUGAACACAUUUCUACCGGCAAAUGUACACAUUUCUAGUGGAAAAUGUGUUAAAUUAUAUCCAUUGUAUAAAAGGGAUAAUCAACUCGGGGCUCUAUGCGUUCUCUGGAAAAUAAUGCAACUUUGUGGAAGGCUAGUUCCAUUCCGCUACUGUAGCGCAUCGUGGAACACACCUUCCACGUCGUUCAUUAUUUUCCAGAGAGCGCAUAGCCCCUUGUCGAUUAUCCCUUACAUUUGACAUAAGUACCAAGAUUAUAUAACGAUUAUUUACAUGGUCAUUUCUCCAUGUAAUCUAUCCUUUACAGAACAAUAUGCAAUAUAAUGCAAUAUGUGGUCUUCAUAUCAAAGGUUAGAAGGUGGUGUUAUGAAUCAGCCUUAUAAUAGCUUUAGGUUUCUGCCAUCAUAAUUUUAAGUUUAUGGUGAAUAACUGUUUAUGUGCUACUGUACAUCCUCCCUGUCCAAUGUUGCUUCCAGUGACAUUGACAUCACUGAAAUUCUCUGUACAUUACCUCGACUUAAUGAUGGCGUUAUAAAUAUAUAUAGCUGUUUUAUGACCUAUAUUGUUGCCGUAAUGCUAUGCUUAUAUCAAGAGAUCCUACACUGGUGACGAUAGCUCAUAUUUCAUGUAAUUAAAAAAUUAUUACUUCAUUUAUUAUUUACCUGUCUGAGAUUGCAGCAUAAUUUGGAAUUCUUCCUGCAUGGCAAGUUGAGUUUUCUUAUUGCUAUAAUUAAUGGAGCUUGAGUUCUAUUUUUACUACUUGGGCAUAAUUUCUAGACAGAGAGUAUAUCACAGUCCUUAGACUGUCCUAUGUAUUCUAAUCACAAAUGGGUUUUUCUCUCCUAUCGCGUGUGUGGGUGCACGUGUGCAUGUGUAUGAAUGUAUGUAUGUAUGUAUGUAUGUAUGGAUGGAUGUCUCUCAGGUUGAAAAAGAGGCAGGAGGAGGGUGCAGAGGGAGGGGAGUCUGAAGGAGCUGCCGAGGGGGGUGAUGAUGGUGAUGGAGACGGAUCCGGGGAGGCUGAGGGAGGCACAGAGGAUGAGGAUCCCGAACCCGAACCCGAGUCCUCCUCCAAACUAAGCAUGUGCGGCUCGGUCUGCUCCUCUCCUGGCAGCUGCUAGCACCACAUCGCCACCUGGUGGUCUCUCAGGCUGCUGUGUGUGUGUAACCAUGCCUAUAGAUGCUCUAACCUCUCCUAUGUAGCCAUGAUGACUGGAGGAACUGGAACGCACAGCAGGACACAAAAUGGCUCUCCUAUUUCUUCUUCUGUAGCAUCCACCGUUAAGGCAUGAAUUAAACUGCAGGUUACAGAGCGGUCCCACCCUCCGCGCCCUAGAGUAAGCUCUAACUCAUUUCUAUGCAACGUACAGUAUAGCAUGAAAGUAAGGUAUCAUUACGAGAGGGGAUAACAAGCAGCAUAAGCCACACAAUAUAUGAGCAUGACAACAUACAGAGCAAUAGGAGCCAGGUUUAAGAGUUUUUUUGCAGAGCCUUCCCGCUCGCUUAGCCUCGGGUAGAUGUAGCUACCUCUGCAAACUCACAUACUGAAUUAUUCAACUGAGUUAGGCACUCUUAGUUUUCUUUGCCUGUGUAGCUCAUGCAAUCCCUCUCCUACUCUCUGUGCACUCCUCCUAUUCAGAACCACUAUUACUGUUGUUAGGGUAACUUCUCCAAAUGCCUUUAAUUUCAAUGAUAAUAUAUAAUUGUUCAAGUAUCACAAUGCCAAUAUACAGUGUAGUGCACAUAGAUAUAGAAUAACUAUUCUAUUACUAUGUUCUAUGGAAUUCUAUUUCUAAGGUAGUGCAGCGGAAAGAUACUUUUAGAGGAGGGUAAAUGUUGUUUCCAGUCGCAGUAAGUGAGCCUUCUAAUAGAUACAGUAUGGGCCGUUCGGGACAAAGAGGUUUUGCAAUUUAAAAUAAAUCACUAGUUCAAUCCAAUGAUGUAGAACCACUUUUAAGUGGUGUUGAUUGUUAAUCAAUAGCCAUUCAUUACACGUUAAUUUAGGCUAUAGAAUGCAUCAGCAUGCUGGUUUGAUUUUACUACGGUGGUUACGCUCCUCCAACGAAACCUUUUUCCAGACAUUGUUAGAUUUUCAAAUGCCCUGUCAGUUAGAGGAACUUAGUACAACUGUGGUGUAAAAGGAAGGUUUCCCUCACCAUCGAUCUCUGUGACUGUUGCCAAGAUGCUGUUCUAAUCUCCCACUGUUCCACUGGGGGUUACAUGCUCAUACUGCUUGAGUUCUUAUAUGUUAAACAUAAACAUUGUCACUACCAGGGGAUCAGACCAUAGAAGGAGAAUCAUAUUGAGUGGACCCAUAAGGGUUUAGUCAAA